CGCUUUAGGAAGUGGUUACACUUGGCCAAUUCCUGAAGCAGCUCAACAUCAGCAUACCGUUUGUGGAGGCACUGUCGAAGAUGCCCAAGUACGCGAAGUUCAUGAAAGAUCUCCUCACCAACAAGAAGAAACUUGGGGAUCUCUCGACAGUGUUGCUGAGCGAGGAGUGUUCUGCUAUCCUGCAGAACAAGCUGCCCGAGAAGCGCAAGGAUCCAGGGAGUUUUACUAUCCCUCUUACUAUUGGCAGCAUGCAUGUAGGUAAGUCCUUGGCGGACCUAGGCGCUAGCAUAAAUGUCAUGCCAUAUAAGUUGUAUAAAAAGCUAGACCUAGGUGAACUUAGCCCUACUAGGAUGAGCAUUCAGCUAGCUGAUCGUUCCAUUGUGCACCCUAGGGGGAUCGUAGAGGAUCUGCUUGUUAAAGUAGGUGCAUUCACAUAUCCUGUUGAUUUUGUUAUUCUUGAUAUACAUAAGGAUGUGGAUGUGCCUUUGAUUCUGGGUAGACCAUUUCUUGCCACCGCCAAGGCACUUAUUGAUGUGCAUGAUGGUAAACUGAUCUUGCGUGCUGGGAAUGAACAGGCUACUUUUUCUGUGACUGAAUUUGAUCAUUGUGAUAUGAUUGCUGUCACACCUGUGCAUGCCAUUUCUGAUCAGGUACACGAGCUUGUCGUGUAUCCUUCUGCACCUCUUAUUUUGAAAGAUCCGCCUAUCAUUCCUUUGCCGCCACUCCAUCCAGUCUCGCCUCCGAACAAAAAGCUCAAGGAGGAGUGGCCGCCGAAGCAGCAGGUUGCUAAGCCUGCACGGAAGAAGAGUGGAGGCCACUAUGAGCUGGUCCCACCCCCUGCACCACGACCACCCUGGCCAUCCGAGUACUCACUCGCCUGCAUCUUGCCGGAUGGCCAGGUCGAGCUGACCGAUGAUGGUGGUCGCAUCCGUCGGGUGCAUGGCCACAACCUGAAGCCGUACCUCAAGAGCGACGUAGAUACGCUCUUGGAGGCACCUAUUCCUGCACCUCCCUGAGUAUCCACCAUGGGCGUCCAGCUAAAAGACGGUAAAGAAGCGCUUGUGGGGAGGCAACCCCACCACGGUUUGACUUUCUUUCUUGUGUUUUGAGUCGGAUUGUAAACCGGUUUGGUUUUGGUUUGUUUUCUUUUGUUUUGGAUGAUGUAUUAUUGGGCUGACCAUUGGACCUAACAUAUCGUGUUUGAGCUCUUUGGUUUCCUUUAGAUGUGCUUGUCUUGACUGGUUCUCUAUCCAGUCCGCUUCACUCUGACUGGUCCGCUUCCAGUCACCUGCAGUCCGUGCAUACCGGUAACAUCGUUCCCCUUUUCCUUCCCUCUUCUCCAUUGAGGGCAAUGUCGAUCUUAAGUGUGGGGGGAUGUUUAUCUUUUGACUGCAUUAGAUCUGUUUGUGUGCUUGGAGCCUAGUCCACUGUCCAAAUUUUUAAAUUUGAGGGCUCCAAGUACGUGUUCCUUGCAAUUGCCUGCUUAGUAUGCUUUGAAUUGACAGUCUUUAUAGUAAUAUGCCCCCUUACAUGUCUUUCCCCCGCACGAGGCUCGAGACAUCCGCUCCUGGCAUGGCUGGUAAGAGCCGGUUGGGACCCUUGAAAAAAGAAAAAAAAAAGAAAAAAUAACUGAAAAC